AUGGAUCCUUCCAAUCCUUCCCACAUUGCAAAAAUGUUUAUGGAUUAUAUGAAUGAUGACAUGGAUGAAGAACUUGUGAGGUUGUUUAUGGAAGAAGAAGCCUCGAGCUCUAGAAGGCCUAGGCGUCAAAGAAGGAAUAUAGAGAGGAAUCGUGAAGAGGGACAUGAACGAUUGUUCAAAGAUUAUUUUUCAGAAACUCCGGUAUACACAAAUGAGCAGUUUCGUAGAAGGUACCGAAUGCAUAAACAUGUGUUCCUUCGUAUUGUUGAAGCUCUAGGUCAACAUGAUGAGUAUUUUCGAAUGAUGGUUGACGCAACAGGUAGGGCAAGUCUUUCACCAUUACAAAAAUGCACUGCUGUUAUCCGUAUGCUGGCAUAUGGAACAUCUGCUGAUAGUGUGGAUGACUAUUUGAGAAUUGGUGAAACCACGACACUAAAAUGUGUUGAUAAGUUUACACGAGGAGUGAUCAACAUCUUUGGUGCACAAUAUUUGCGAAGGCCAAACGCCGAAGACAUUGAACGCUUAAUGCAAAUGGGAGAGGCACGAGGAUUUCCAGGACAAUAUGUUCGAGGCGAUCAUGGGAAACCAACUGUUAUGCUUGAAGCAGUGGCUUCACAAGACUUAUGGAUUUGGCAUGCAUUCUUUGGGGUAGCGGGUUCAAACAACGAUAUUAAUGUGUUGAACCAAUCCAAUGCCUUCAACGAUGUUCUGCAAGGACGAGCUCCCGAGGUUCAUUAUACAAUCAAUCGUACUGAAUACAACAAGGGCUAUUAUCUAUCAGAUGAUAUUUAUCCUGAAUGGGCCACAUUUGUAAAAAGUAUCUCGAUGCCACAAGGGGAUAAGAGAAAAUUGUUUGCCCAACAUCAAGAAGGGGCAAGAAAGGAUAUUGAACGAGCAUUUGGAGUUCUUCAAUCCCGAUUUGCAAUCAUACGCAAUCCAGCACGAUCUUGGCACUUAGACACACUCCAGCGCAUAAUGAAUACAUGCAUCAUAUUACACAACAUGAUUGUUGAAGAUGAACGUGCAACAUAUGGUGGAAAUUUUGAUUUUUCUUAUGAUCAUUUGAGUAAUGAUGCGACAAUAUUGUCGAACGAUUCUAAUAUUGAUUUUCAAGAGUUCAUGCGUAGAAGAUUUGAUAUUCGUGAUAAACAAGUUCAUCGACACCUUCAACAAGACUUGAUAGAACAUAUAUGGCAACGUUAUGGACAUGAGAAUAACAAAAAUUGA